CUAGUUUUAAAUCGGAAGUGGAAUUCAAAUUACAAUUGAAUUUGAAGUCAGGGGGUCUCCAAAGCCUGAUUUUCUUUCGAGAACUCCUGGAUCAAAGUGAAUGGACCACACCUGAUAUCAAGAUGGCUAGUCCUCUGCUGCAUUGUCACAGGAGGAGGCUUCUGUAUCAGAUGUGGUCAGGGAUCAGCUCCUUUCACACAAGCUCUCCUUACCUUGGUUACAAGAUCAGCAAGAAUGUUAGAGACUGCUACCAGCUCCUCAACGUGUCUGAGGAAAGUAGUAUGGUAGAGAUCAAAGAGGCGUACUUCAAACUUGCCAAGGUAUACCAUCCUGAUAGCAAAAGCAGACAGGCCGAUGGGAACAAGUUCACCCAGAUCCAGCAAGCCUACAGCACCAUUUGCCUUCAUGUGGAAAAGAUGGAAAAGCAAGGUAGACGGGAGGGAUUAGAGGAUGAACUAUCACAGGAGGAUGAUGAUGAUGAGUGUGAAUUUGACAUCAAACAUACAGUUCCUCAACAUAGACAGUAUCUGGAGUAUGAGGGAAUAGGGUUCGGCACACCUAGUCAGCGACAGAAGCAAUAUCAGAAAUAUCGUGCUAUGAAAGCAUCGGAUGCCGUAAGCACUCACAGGAUAUAUAAGAUUGCUGUGACCGAUGAGAAAGGCUUGGUGUUGAAGGAUAAGAAAGCUGCAAGGAAGAUAAGAACAACAAAUGUCAUUGAAAGGCUUGUAGAGGAUUUGAUCCAAGACUCCAUGGCUAAAGGCGAGUUUGAUGAUCUGCCAGGUAUGGGGAAACCCCUGCCACCCAAAACGGCCUAUUGCCCUUAUGUGGAUGCUGCCACACACAACCUGAACGAGGUUCUCGUCAACAAUGGUUACGCCCCCGAAUGGAUUCAACUAGAAAAGGACAUACGGAACAUGCUUACUGAGGCCAAGAAUACCCUUUUGCAUGAACGUCUGAAGCUUGGUGCAGAACCUCUGAAUGACUACAAUGUAAGCAAAUGGGCGGAUCUGCAAUUUGAGUUCAGUGAGAAAGUUAAACAGAUCAACAGAAGAGUGAAUGAUUUUAACCUGAUUGUUCCCAUUAUCAAACUCCAAAAAGUUCACAUCCAGCCUGAGAAGGAGAUUGCAAAAGUUUUGGAUGAAUACUCUAAAAUAGAUCAGAGAGAAUCCAUUAUCAGAAGUAAUUCAAACGAGAGUCGGGAAGCAGUUGUUGAAGAUGAAGUAGCAUUGAUGGUAUCCAGACUGUUCCAAAGCAUGUCUGCCUUUAUGACAAGGCUCUCCAAUGCUUUCUUUGCAAGAGAAGAUAGUAGAGCGAGGGAAAGACUCAGAUGAAAUUAUAUUUAAAUAACUGACAAUAUCAAAAUAUUAUUAACCAUGAUUAAACAUGAAUUGACAAAUUUAAUACCAACAUCUGCUUCAUACAUGGGUCUUGAUGAUUAUAACCUUUUGUAAAUGGUUCACAAUUGAGCUUACCGGUAAAUUACUGUUCACUUUGUCAUGGGCGUUAAAAAGUCUGCCUUUUGACCUUAAUUGAUAAUGUGUAGCACUUGGUAUGUUCAAUUUAAGCAACCCUCAGAACAUAGUUUGGCAACUUACAUUAUU